CGCAACGUGGAAAAAAAUAAAACUAAUGAAAGAUUAUCUAGGUGAAUUGUUAAACGUUAAUUUGUUUAAAAUUAAUUUUAUAAUAAUUGACAAAAAUUUAUACAGAAUAUAUUUUUCAGGUAUCAAGAAAAUAUGAUAACACGUUCUAAAGGUUAUAUCCGUGAUCUAGAAAAAAAAUAUUUAAAUCAUCGUCGAGAUAAUCGACGUUAUCGUGAAAUGAUUGCAAAUGAUGUUACGUUGAAAACUUGUCUCGAGUUAGCACCUUUCUUGCAAGAUCAAUAUCAACAAAAGUGUGACGUAUAUACUGUUCGUUUAAAAAAUGAAAAUGGUCAGAAGAUGAUGGAUCAUUCGUUUAAUCAUCGAAAUGACGUUCCUUACUCGAAACAAAAAUAUGUCAUUGGAUAUUCCGAAGAUUGUGAACCGAAUGAAUCGAAUUUAUCUUUAAAUUAUUACGAAUCAUCGAACGACAGGUUUAAUCAAAACAAUUCGGAGAUGUUAUCGACCUAUCAGGAAGAAACAGUCGGUGAUAAUCAAUAUUUCACGAAUAAAAAUGAAAUAUCUAUGGAUGAUGAUUCGAAAGGAGAUAAAAUUCGUAAAAGAAGAAAAAGAAGAAAAAUCAUUGGAAUACGACAAAUGCACGGUGAUACUAUACCAGAAAUGUCUUACAACGAAAGUUCUUAUACGAGUUUAGAUGCGGAAGCGGAUGACGAAAAUUCGCAAUGUGGAAAUGAAAUAGAAAAGGGAUUGAAAUUUUGUAAAAAAAGAAACGUCGAGGAAACUACGACGACGAUGAGUACGUCGAUGGGAGGAGGAUAUCAUAGCUCGUCUUCCAGUGAAAUUUUAUUUCCUUCGAGAAUACGACGCAAUAGACGAUCAUUCCUAUAAGAUUAAUACUUUUUCUUUCUUUUUGUUUGUUUGUUUGUUUUU